AUGAGCCAGUAAACAAUGAUGACUCCAAAAUGAUUUAUGAUCAGCGGCAAAGUGGUAAAUACAAUAUACGUAUCAAUAUUAAGGAUGUGGCUAUUAUAGAAAUGGAUAACAAUGGCUUUGGUGAGGAAGAUUCUAGCGAGGAAGAUUAUUAUUAUGAUGAAGAUGAUUUGACGGUUAAACCAUUGAAGCUCACAACGCCUUUUCCAACAUUCUUGCAACCUUUAAUAUCAACGCCAAUCCAAGCAACAUCAAAGCCAACAGUCUCACCAGAGCUCUCACAACCGCGGCCAACACCAAUGGCAACAACCACGGUCCAACCAAUGCACAAUAUUAAUAUCUUGUCUAGUACUCAAACAUCAGAAGGAGCAGAGGAGAUUACAAUACAAGAAACUACCAACAUGUACGCGAAUCCACUCUCAUCGCACAAACCAACUCAAAUUUUGCUUGAACCCCGAUCCGAAUACAUGCCUGCUCCCAAAUUUAUGCCGGCCGGUGAAAUGAAACUGAAUUCCAAAAUAAUGUCGCCAGCAACAGCAUCACCAACAUUAAUUGCAAUCCUUUCCUCACCACCAGGAUUAGUACAUCAUGAAAAGCAGAAAAUUCAGAGAAGUGAAGACAAAACUGGUAUAACAGUUUUUCCAACAAAAUUGUUACACUACAAUGAAUCCGGAGUGUUCAAAUUUAGGAUGCAGCAAAAUAAGAAGCCAACCAAACACCACUUUCGACAAUGCCGAACAAAUCAGUACCUAGAUUUAACAGGAAAUUGUCGCAACAAACGAUCAGCGUCGUUUUUAAAAAAACUGUUCAACAUCAUUUCUAACUUUCCUUUCAUACUUGAAAAGGAUGCCCGCCAUGAAUGA